AUGCUGUCGCUUCGUUCAUUCACUCGCUCGGCGCCCCGUGCCUUCUCCCGUUCCUUUUCCGUCGCUGCGCGACCUACAACUACUCGACUUUCGACAGCUCUCCAGAGACCGUCUUUGCUACAGAAGCCCGUCACAAGAUAUCAAUACCCUGCCUUCUCAACGGCCGGGAUUUUGCGAGAGCCUGCUGGAGAAGUUGACAUCGAGCUGAACGGAAAAUUGGAAGAGGAACUCACCCAUGAGAAGGCCUCUGAUGAAUUGGAUGAGUCUAAUGCAGCCGUUCAAGCGUUCUUUGAAAGCAGCCCAUGGAAGGUCAAAGAUGUCGCGGGAGAGCAAGAGAUUGUGCUGUCUCGCAAAUUUGGCAAUGAAAACAUUCGAGUCACCUUCACCGUGUCCGAUCUCCAGAACCUCCCCGAGGAAGAAUUCGAUGACCUUGCAGAGAGCGAGUACGAGCAAUCUGUGAACCGUGGCCAGCCUGGUGAGCCUGUUGCUACCCGCCCUGAAGAUCGUAUUGCACCUUCCGAUCGGGAAUUCGAUGACGAGCCUGUGCCUGGCUUCCCUGCUCGUGUCAACAUUUCCAUCGAAAAGCCUGGCAACGGUGCUCUCCUUAUUCAAACCACCGCUCAAGAUGGUCUUUUCGAGAUCCAUGAAGUCUCACACUUCGCUAAGGCCGACCUCGCCGAGGCUGAAACUGCUGAGAAGGACUGGCUCCGUCAGAGCCUUUACAGCGGUCCUUCCUACGCAAACCUUGACGAAGAACUCCAGGCUCUAUUUGACCGCUAUUUGGAAGAGCGUGGCUUCAACGCUGAAUUGGCCAACAUUAUUCCUGAAUAUAUUACCGUGAAGGAACAAAAAGAGUACACUCGUUGGCUUGAGACCGUCAAGAAGUUUGUCUCUGCCUAG